AACCCUGCACACUGUUUGUAAACAUUCGAUUUGCCGAUCGCGGUCUUGAGUUUUGCGAGUUUUGCUUUUAAAAUUUAAUUUUAAAAAUAAAUUUGAAUUAGUUAGGAUUGUUCUCAAGAAAGCGGUGCUGAAUUUCUUUCUCGUAAAAUAAGCAUGGAGUCUCCGGCCAAACCUAUCUUCAAGCGGCAAGCCCUCGCCGAAACGAACCCGAUCGCCGGCAACAAGAAACGCACCUGGAAAUCGCUGAAGCAGAUUCUGGCCCUCGAGCGCACCCUGCCCUGGAAGGAAUCGGACGUGACUUAUUCCUCCAUCAACGCGCCACCCUCGUUCGUGCCAGCUAAGAAGUACUCGGACAUUUCCGGUCUGAUUGCGCCGUACACAGACCCGCAUUCAAAGCUGCAGUUCCACAACGCCGAAGAGUUCCAAACGGUGCGCAGCCUCCCGAUGGAUUUGACCGCGGGAUAUUUGGCCCUGAGGGGAGCGACCAGCAUCGUUUGAAUGGGAAGCUUUAGCAGUAAGUAAACAAUUUUAAAAUUAUAUUUAUUUUAUGGAUAAAUUGUGAUAUUCUUGCCUUGAGAAAUUCCCUGUAUUGAGACACUAUUCCAAGUAAUUUAUUGAACGUACAAUUAUUGUAUUACAAGUUACAUCAGUGGUUUCAUAAGAUUCGUUUCAAAAGCUUGUUCAAUUCUAUCACAAAACAAAAUUGUGGCCAAGGUUGGCCUCUGCCGGUUCUUUCGCCAGGAAAGGACAAUGAAGCCACACACACGUGCGAUUGCGCGUGCAAUCCCAGAAAAAGUGGUGGCAGUGUUUCGAUUCUUCUUGUUAAAAGUGUGGAACAAAUUACAAUCUAACAAUCUAUCAUUUAGUUGCGUUCUUUCUUCUUGCAAUCUUAUUAGGGAAUUACAAAAAUGUUCGUUUCGGUGCACGUUUUACGGGGCACCUUUCUAGCUCUAGCUGAGAGUAAGUCUUAUCGGGUUG